AUGUUUAAGCCCGCAGCUGUGAUUCGCAAAGUUAAAAACGAGUUUGCCUUGAGAAAUCACAUCCCUACAAAAGAUGAUGAAAAUACUCAAGAACCAGAAACAAACUACAUUCCUAUUACAGCUUUAAGGAUGCCUUAUCCAAUAGAUAUGCCUAACGGCUAUAAGAUCCUCCAGAAUCCAAACUGUUUCUUCAAGAGAAGGUUUCUUACUGGAGUUUCCAGCUGUAAGAACAUAUCAUUCAUCAGGGCAAACGAGAACUUUGAUCUUAACGACGACUCUCUUCAGGAUUUAAUGAAAAUGUUAAAAUUUAAAAGUGAACCUUGUUACCAAAGGCCCUACAGACUCAUCGCAGAUUCCAAGCUUUGUUUAAAGGGAAAUUGCGAUACUGUGUCCAAGAUUCUGCGCCCUGGUUGGUAG